AUGUUUAUUUUAAAAACUGAUAGAGAUAAUGUUUAUGAUGGUCAAUCUCCUACCCCCUAUCAAUUGAAUACUAUCCAUCCCGCAGCAAACCAACCAUUGAUCAAUGGUCAUUUAAAUAUUAUUGAAUGGUCAUUAUCCUCUCCAACUACAAGUCAAUUUCAAAUUGAAUCUUUCAAUGUUGCUGCUGCUGGAGGUUAUUUUAAUAUUGUUAAAAUUUUAAAUGAAAACAAAAAAGAACCAUAUGAUGACACAACACUUGAAUGUGCAGCUAUUAAUGGUUUAGAAAUUAAAGAUAUAGUUUCAAAUCAACAUUGGCAUAUUAUUGAUUAUUUAAAAGAAAAGAAAAUAUCAUUUUCAACAACUGGUGUAUUCCCAAUUGCAUUGAAACAUGGGAAUCUUGAAAUGAUUAAACUUGCAAACAUGGGAGAACCCAUGUCCCAAGCAGCAAUUAGAGAUGCCAUUUAUAAUUCUGCCUUGAAUGGUCAUCUACAUCUAGUAGAGUAUUUUCACAACCUUCCUUCUUACAACAAAGAAUCUGUCAAUGAAUUUCCGUCACCGUUCGACGGCGCAGCAAGAAAUGAUCAUUUACAUGUGGUUAAAUUUCUACAACAUCGAGGGUACGGACACACUCCCUUUGGGGUACGUAUGGCUUGUCAGACAAGUAGCGUUGAAAUGGUUAAAUACCUCUACCAAAAUGUAGAAAAAUCAUUUCCAUUGCGAGCCAUGGAUGACUCUGCACGAAUUGGAAACAUUCAACUAUUAUGUUAUCUCUACGAAAAUACAACUCUUAAAUUGUUAGACGCUACAAUUAACAAAGUUGCUAUAAAAGGACACAUUCAAGUUGUGCAAUACCUUCUCAUCCACAGUAAAGAUCCUCAAUCUGAUCAAGAUACACUAAAAACUUCAUUUGAGAUAGGUUUGCAAAAUGGUCAUCUAUCCUUUGCUCAUUUUCUAUGGAACAAUUUCCUAAAUGAAGAAACUAAAAAUUAUUAUAAAUAA